UGUCUCUUGUCAGUUACGAGGUAAUGUUGAAAUAAGGUUGCCAAAUAACGAAAGAAUCAGUGUUGAUUAUGAGGACCAUGACCCGCCAGCACAGUCAAUGAAAGCUGCACAGGAUCCAAUUGUACCUGAACCAGCUGCACAACAUCCAAGUGUACCAAAGCCGAAGUAAUAUCUACCUUAUUAUUGGGCAAUACUGUGGACUGGUCUUCUGAUAGAGAUACAUAUGGGUGGUGCUGGGAGAAAGGCGCUGACUUUGACGUUCAAAAUUCUUCUAUGUUUCCAAAACCUGACUACCAGAGAUGCUGCAGUGAUUCAGUGCGAUUACAGAUUUUUAACCUGGAAAAACUUCUCCUUUUUGUUAUUCAUUACUUAAUGAAAAUAUGGUACUUGUGUUCAAUGGAGUUGUACAAAAUGCACCUCCGCCUAACUUACAUGCAUUUCUACAGACUAAUCCUGAGAUAAGAGAACAGUCGGAGAAAUUUUUAGAGAUUCCAACAAAAACUGUAGGACCACAUGGACUACUCUAUGUUCACCAAGGAGAGCUUGCUGUCACUGAGCCUAAUGACUCAAAUGUAGAGGUCUUAGGAUCUGAUGAUGCAACGACAUGUAUUAUUGCUGUACUUAGACAUCCAGUUUGUGGGGCAGUAGCUCUGUCCCAUAUGGACGGUGGAGGAGUUGCAGACUGUGUGGCCAGAAUGAUUGAGAGUGUUAAGCAGAUUGCUGGUGGAAGCUCUGAUGGAAAGAUGGAAUUACAAGUGUUUGGAGCUUUUGGAUAUGCACAGAACUUUUCAGAGACAGUAUUUGCUUCUGUAAUGAUAACCUUCCAUAAACAUCCCGAAAAGGUUAAUGUCACACUUGCAUGUGUUGGAGAUAUCAACACAACUGUGAAAGAUGGCAAACACUGGCCAUCAUUGUAUGGAGUAGGAAUUAAUGUCAAGACUGGUGAAUUGUUUCCUGCUGUGUACAAAGACAGAGGACCAGAUGAAGGUCUACGGCAUGCACGACAGCUGUGUAGUAAACUAAGAAUGAUGGAAGUAUACAAUAAUGAGACAAGAAUGUUGAAGAUAGGCCCAUUUGAUUAUUCACCUUUGGAUGACGCAGAGAUGUGGCUGAAUCUACCUGAUGAAGUUAUUCUGCGUUACAUGAGCACAUCCCCUGAAGUUGAACCACCCCAUUUUGUGUCACAGAUUCGGAAGGCACUGAAAUGUAUGUUAGAUCACCCCUCUCCAAUUAACACAAUAUUCAAAUUCAACAAACCUCGGUGUUAUGUACGAGAUGAGACCAAUAAUGGAUGGGUACUUGUUAAAAAAUAAUGUGUAUAAUUUUUGUUAUUGGUGAUAUUUAAUUUUAUUGUUUUUAUUAUAAUAAAUAUUGUUAAUUGAA